AUGACCGCAGCAGACUUUGCUUCAACAUCAACGUUAAGCGCUGCUGAGAAGGAUAAUCUUGCAGCGCAAAUCAGAGCAGCAAUCGACGCAAAAGCCAGUGAAUUAUGGAAAAUAAAUCAACAGAUACAUCAAAACCCAGAACUUGGUUUCGAAGAGUUCAAAGCACACGACAACAUUACGAACAUGCUUGAAUCCCUCGGCUUCCAGGUAACACGACACGCCUACGGAUUAGACACUGCCUUCGUUGCUGAAUAUGGCCAAGGAGGGCGAGUGGUCGCUUUCAACGCCGAAUACGAUGCUCUUCCAGGAAUUGGACAUGCAUGCGGGCACAAUCUGAUUGCUAUGAUGUCUAUCGCCGCGUUCAUUGGCGUCGCCGAGAAUCUGAAGAAGCUACAACAAACCACAGGCCAAGUUGUUCCUGGUCGUGUACGUCUGAUCGGAACACCUGCUGAAGAAGGUUUCGGUGGGAAAAUACUAAUAAUCAAUGCGGGCGCCUACAAGGACGUUGACGCUUGUUUGAUGACGCAUCCGGGCCCAUUCACCGAGUGUCCUGGAUUUACUGGAGAUGCAUACAUGCCGACACUAGCAAGUUUGAAGCUCAGCGUUGAGUAUACCGGAAAGACCGCGCAUGCUGCGAUGGCCCCGUGGGAAGGAGUGAAUGCGCUGGAUGCUGCCGUCCUGGCCUAUAACGGUAUCGGCAUAUUGAGACAGCAGAUUCACCCUUCGAAUAGGGUACAUUGUAUUGUUUCAAAGGGAGGCGAUAGGCCAAAUAUAAUACCCGGAAAUGCGGCAUUGGAUUGCUAUAUCAGAUCACCCAGUGUCAAGAUUGCUGAGGAGCUCCUUGAAAGAAUAAAGAAUUGCUUUGAAGGAGCUGCGCUGCAGGCUGGAUGUACCAUGGAUCUGAAAAUGAAGAACACGUAUGCGGACUUGAGACCUAACAAGGCUCUAGCGGUAGUAUACGCACAGAACAUGGCGAAUCUGGGCUCGCAAGUGCGAUGUGAUCUUAGCUCAGCCGGUGUUCCUGGCUCGACGGACCAAGGAAACGUGACAUAUGUAUGCCCUGCCUUCCAAGCAUAUGUAGGUGUCCCAGCACAGCCAGGCUGUAAUAACCAUACACCUGGCUUUACAGCGGUUGCUGGUACGAGAGAAUCGCAUGAUCUCUGCUUGCAGGCAGCAAAAGGAAUGGCAAUCACAGGCUGGAAUAUCCUUACGGAUGAGGUGGUUGCAGAGCGCAUCUGGGCUGAUUUUGAGGAGGAUAAAGCAGUGAGAGAUGUGGAUUCGCACACUGGCAUGGAUCGAAGGAUAUUGUCAGGGAAUGCUGGGUUUUGUUAG